CCAUGGAUGUGCCAUCUGCCAUUCCCAAUAUUGUCAUUCGCUGGCUCUAUUUCCAUCAACAGCUCGAACGGCUUCGACGAGGUCAUGCCAUAGACCACCGCGCUGUUCAGCAUGGAACAGCCAUUUUCGUCAUCCAAAGUGACAGUCGAGUACUUCGAUCCCUACGAUGUCUACAAGCUUCUUGCGCCAGGGCUGAUCCCUCGACUCCCGCUGCGCGACCUCAACUGGCAGUCCCACGCAGGCCCGCUACGCUCGAUUAGCACCCUCCACGCCGAACUCGUUCCCGCCGGCGUCGACUACUCCGGCAUCUUCACUCCCCUCGCUUCUCCAAACCCCCCAACACCGGGUACGACCGAGACCGCCCCGACCAAGAGUGACGAUGGCUUUCAGACAGCAACCGUCGGCGGGCGGACGGGGUCGACAGAGCAGCAGGGAGGUGCGACAGCCGGGACACUACACCCGCCGGCAGGGGGGGCCACCAAGGAGCGGCGCCACCAGAUCCCCGGCUUGCGCAGGACGCCGUACCUCAAAGUUCUGCUGCUGAGAUGCGACGACAAUGACACGUACAAGUCGACCACCAGGGCCGAGAUACGCGAGUGGAUCAAGACGAACACGACGGGCACCCAGGGGAAGACGGGCAGUGCCGAGAACCACGACGCUUGCGAAUGGCUCAUCAUCCACGUCGUGCUCCCAAACUCGACGGCCGCCACGCAGCCCCGCAUCUCCGGCAAAGCACCGGACUCGGGCUCCGAUGCGAAGACCGCAUCCCGGUGGCGUGGAGGGUCGAGCACCCUCCUGGAGAAGCUGCGCGCCGACUUCAACGGCUCCACCAAGGGCGCCCCUGACCGGAUACGGCAGAUCCGCAUUGGCAUCAACGACGUGCCGUAUAACAUGCUGCCGCGCGUUGUCCCGGCUGUGCCCACGGGAUACACCGAGAACGAGCAAGACGCCGACAAUGCGUGGGCCGACCUGAUUGCCAAGUUCAAGGAGCUCAUCCUAUCGAGCUUCGACCGCCGCGUCACCCAGUAUGAGGAGGACAUUAAAGAGAGGGAUGCCCAGAGGAGCCUUCCGGGUUGGAACUUUUGCACCUUUUUCAUCCUCAAGGAAGGCUUGGCCCGUGGCUUCGAGAGCGUCGGCCUGGUCGAGGACGCUUUGGUCAUGUACGACGAGCUGAGUCUCGGGUUGGACAACAUCAUGCAGGCGCAGGCGGCCGGGGGCGCUGCCGAGGCACACGGCGGUGCCCUGCUCACCUACACCGAGGACCUGAAGGAACUCGCGCAGAAGGCCAUGGCCGAGAUCGCCGGCGGACAUCUCGAGUUCGACGAGAGUGAGGCCGUCGAUCUUCAGUCCAAGGAGAAGAAGCGGGUCGAGAACGACAGCAUUCCCAUUAGCUCAACCAAAAAGUUGUACCGGGACCUGAUCUUGGCGAACAAUGUCUCGCUCCUCGAUUUCAGGUGCUACAUAUUCUCCCGUCAAAUUGCCGUGCUUCUCCGGCUGGCCAAUGCGUGGUCGUCUCGGGAGGAGCUUCUGGCCAAGCUGAAGGAGCAACAAGAGUUGGUCCCCAAGGGAGUUGCUCCGAGGGCGCCCGCGCCGAAGGUGACUGAGGAGUCCGAGAACCUUUCGCAUCUAGCUGAAAUUUGCAAACGAACGCUCGAGUUUGUCCCCGCCGUGUCAGCAGUCAUGAGGGCGGACAUCGUAGCCGCGAUGGCGUCCGCUAAAAAGGCCGAGGGAGGCGAGGCCGAACCCCAAGUCUCCCUCGACCCUCUUCUAUCAGAGGUCAUCGACAACAUGGUCGCCUCGUUUGCCUUCUCCAUUGCCCAGCAAAUCCUCGCUCAGACAUCCACCAAGGCGCUCCCCAUCCCGCCGUCUACCCUCGGCACGCCCGAGCAUACCGAGCAAAAGGCCGCGAUACCGGAGCCGAAAACGAUGAUGCACCCCGCAAGAAGCUCGUCGCUGCACAGCCAAGGCUCUCAACUCCCGCCGCGCAGCCCGGUCGGCUUCCCUGGCGCCACCCGUCCCGAGGACGCGCUUCCCCCUCCCUAUCUCAAGUCCGGUCUCGAGGAGCUCGCGGCCCAGAGAGCUGAGCUCUGCGCUCUGUCCAGAAACAUCCUCGAGGAGUGCGGCAAAAAGAGGGGCUGGACUAACGGCUGGGCUGCUGUCCCUACCGUGGGCGAGACCGACAUCGCCGACAUGGAUGAGGUCAGUUUGGACGACGACCAGGCCGAGCCGAAGGAGAAGGCGCCCGAGAGGCUGCAAACCUCGGUGGCCGGCGUGGACAACACGCUCCUGCGGGCGGCCCUGGACAACAAGGACGACUUCUACCGCCUGUACGAGACGCUGAUUGAUAAGGCACUGCGUCACUACACGGUGGCCAACCACAUACACUCCGUCCAGGCCAGCAUGGCCGACCUCGCUGUCCUCAAGUUCCACCUGGCCGAGUUCAACGAGGCCGCCUUCUACUUCUACCGCGUCAUCCCCUUCUACGGCGAGAGCGGGUGGAGCCUCCUCGAGCUGUCCAUGCUCGUCAUGUACGCGCGCUGUUUGAAGGAGCUCAAGAGGCUGGACGACUACGUCAACAAGGCGCUGCGGCAGCUGUUGUGCAAGGCGGCCGCCGCGGAGCGAGACAAGCGGCAGCAAAAGUCAAAGUUCCGCCUCGGUCUCGAGUCCGCCACGCAGUAUCCCGAAACCUCGGCCAUAUCCGGCUUCCUCGCCGAUCUGCUGGACGUGUCGACAUCGCUCGACAAAGACGUCAGGGUCCCGUUGACGAGCCUGUUCUGUGACUUGGGCCUUGAUGGUCCCCCGUUCUAUGACGAGGGCCAGGAUAGCUUCUCCUUGUUUUUUGAUCUCCAUAGUUUAUUGGUGGACGAAUUCGAGGCCAGCUCGGUCAGUUUGCGCAUCUCGAGUCCCACCGGGGGGAACAAGGAGAUCUGGCUGCAGACCAAGGGCUCCGUCACCAUCCGGCCCGGCCCGAACAAGGUCAAGGUCCAGAGCACCGUCAUGAUGGAGGGGGCUUUUGAGGUGGAUCAGGUCCGCCUGACCAGCAACAAAGUGCUGUUUCAUUACGAGCGGGACAUUUACCAGCCGACGGAUAAGGCCUCGGCGGGUCUGAAGAACCCACGCGUUAACUUAUACCAGCGGGCAAGCUGCCUUGAUGUACAGCUGUUGGCGGCCGAGGAGCUGCAGCUGGAUAAGAAGAAGUCACUGGACCUCGAGGUGUCUACCGGGUGGAACGAGAUCACAUCCUGCGAGGUCAAGAUUAAGUCUGCCACUGGCGGGUUGCGGAUGGUCAUGAGCGAGGCCGAGGUCAUUGGGUCGCCGCAGCCAACAAACUCGCAGGGCGGCGCAUUCACGUUUGGCGCCAUGGAAGCGAACAGCUCCGUCAAGAUCCGGUUUCCGUUCACCGUGGAGCACGACGUGCUCGACGUGGCCGUCCGAGCGGAGGUUACAUACACAACCGAGAAGGGCAGCUUCACCUUCUUCAAGGCAUCGUCGGUGCCUAUCUCGCUCGCGCUCGAGGUCAACGUGCAGGAUAUCUUCAAGCACGAGGCCCUCUUCUCGAGGUUCGCCGUGUCGACUGCCAGUGACAGCCCGCUGCGGCUGCUCAAGAGCGAGCUGAUCGGGUCCGACCUAUUCGAGUCCCACUUUGGACAGCCGUCGAGCCAUCCCGUCAUGGUGUUCCCAAAACAACCGGCCAGCCUCCUGUACAAGAUCACCCGCAAGCCCGGGUCAAAGCUCGACCCCAAGGCCAAGAAGACCCUCUACCUCAAGCUGCACUACAGCGUCAUCCAAGACGAGAUCGCCGCGCUCUUCUCCCAAGCUCUCAUCACCGCCCUCGCAACCACCCCCCUCAAAGAAUUCUCCAAGGUCCUCAUCUCCACCGUCCUCCGCAGCGUCCGCGAGGGGCUCUCCGCCUAUGACCUCGAGAAAGCCACCCUCCUCGGCGAGCUGCCCACGACCUUCCUGUCCGCCAUCCCCUGGGAGAAACACCUCCCCAGCCUGGGGCCUACCCAACACCACCCCACCCCCCAAAAGACCACCCCCACCCUGCCAGCCUUCCUCCGCGCCUGGCUGCGCACCCACCCCACCCUCCCCCUCCCCCUCACAACAACAACAACAACAACAACAACACCCCAGCCCCCGAAUCUCGCCUCUGCCACCACAAUCCUCAUCCCCGUCGACAUCCCCCCCGUCUCGGUCGUCCACACAGCCGACAUCCGCCUCCACCGCCCCCUACCCUCCCUCACAGCAUCCACCACCCACCACGACGGCGAUGACAAUGAUGAGGAUGGAGGGGGCUGUCCCACGGUGUUGCUCAACCAGCUCCUGCCCGCGACGCUGCAUCUGAAAUGGACGCGGUUGUGGGAUACUGAUACCCCCGCCGUCGUGGGUGGGGGGGAGCAGGCGGUGGCGGCGAGGGAUCGGGAUCUGGAGUUUGUGUAUGAGAUUGUGGCGGGGGCGGAGACGUGGCUUGUGGGGGGAAGGAGGAAGGGGCAUUUUGUUAUUCCGGCUGUGGGGUCUUCUUCUUCUUUUGCUGCUGCUGGUGGUGGUUCUUCUGAUGGGGGUGAUGGUGAUGGUGGGGGUGGGGAUGGGGAUGGUGGUCAAGGUGGCGGGGUGGGAAUGAGCUCGACGGUGGAGACGGAGGCGGAGAUUCCGGUUGUGUUGGUGCCGUUGCGGGAGGGGUAUUUGCCGUUUCCGGGUGUGGAGAUUCGGGAGGUUGGUGGUGAGGGGGGUAGUGGGGGGGUUGGGGAUAAGAGUCCUGAUGGCGGGCGUGAUGGGGUGAGGGAUGGGAGUGGGAGUGGGAGUGGCGGUGGGUAUGGGCAGUGUGAGACGGAUUUUAGGAAUUUGGGCGAGACGGUGUGUGUGGUGGCUGAUCGGGGGAAGGUCACUGUUAGCUUGGACGCUAGUGGUGUGUCUGGGGGGCCGCUGGUGUUGGAGUGUGAGGGGUGGGCGGCGGCCGAACAGGGGAGGGUUAUAGCGUGAUUUUGGGCGAGGUACCAUAACCGCCGUACAUAGGCUGGGAAGAUGACCGUGUUGUGGGUUCUGAGGGGGAGGGAUGAGUGUAGUUAUUGAGGCGCACCCGGGAGAUGGAUACCGGUAGGGUACAUAUUGAAGCAGGCAGACCAAUAGGCUAUUUUACUCUGAUAUAGUGCCUCUUUCGUGUGGA